AAUGAAGCCCGAUGAGUCCAGGCCCAAGCGACGUGGGCGGCUCCUUCCUCAGAAGCCCACGGCCAAGAGCAGACGGACGGCACAGCAGACGGUGGAGAGGAGAGAAGAGAAGCUCUCGUGCUCGCGCGACGACGACGACCUCCGCCGCGGCGACGAUGAGCCCCCUCCGCGCCCUCCUCGUCCUCGCCGCCGUCCUGGCAGCGUGCCUCGGCCCCGCGGCGGCGGAUCAGCCAGGAUCCGUCGAGGGAUACACCAUCGCCGGCCGCAUCAAGAUCGACGCUGCAAGGGGCUUUGGUCUUCCAGCCAAGACAUCAAACACGAAAGUGAUACUUAAUGGUGGUCAGAAAGUUACAUUCGCCAGGCCAGACGGCUACUUUGCCUUCCACAACGUGCCUGCUGGGACACAUUUGAUCGAAGUCUCCUCACUUGGUUACUUCUUUUCACCUGUUCGAGUGGACAUCAGUGCCAGGAAUCCAGGGCACAUUCAAGCAGCAUUGACUGAAAACAGAAGAGUUCUAAAUGAGCUUGUUUUGGAACCUCUGAAAGAAGAGCAAUACUAUGAGCCGAGGGAGCCUUUCAACAUUUUGUCCCUUUUGAAGAGCCCCAUGGGUAUGAUGGUCGGUUUUAUGGUCCUAAUGGUCGUCGUUAUGCCCAAGAUGAUGGAGAACAUAGAUCCCGAGGAGAUAAAGCAAGCUCAAGAGCAAAUGAGGAACUCACCUGUUCCAUCCUUUUCUGGCUUGCUAGCCAGAGCAAACAGCUAGAUGUAGAACAUGCCGGCAAUAUGUGGUUUAAGUUUAUGAUGCGACAAACAUCCGUUCCGAACUGCUUCACACUCGAGUCAGAAUGUUGUUCCAUGGGAAGCUGGGACAAGGUGGAAACUCGUUUGCCCACUUUUAAUGUAUUCUACUGUAUUCUAAGAUGUAAUAGGUUUGUAAUGGAGAACCGUCUGAAACACCUGGCUGAACUAGCCAUGAAUUAUUUGAUUUAUAGAUCACGUCGAGUACAGUGUCAACUUGUUAA